AUGCCAUAUCAAGUUACACCGACUGUUAUUCCAGGAAGCCAAUGUAUAAGAACACGUCAACAUACGCAUAGCACAUGUGAAAGUACAACAAGUUGCCAUAAUCAAGCAUAUGAUGGUUCACAUAAUUCUCCUGAUUCUCUAAAUACAUACUGUCAAACAAGUGGUAGAGGAAGUAUUAAGUCUUCUCUUGUUUCUUUGUCAUCUAGUCUUAUACCACUUUGGGCUAAUGCACCUACAUUUGCUAAACCAAGAACUGGUAAACUAUAUGUUUCCAGAGAGGAGAUUUUAUCUCGUCGUGCUGAACAACAGCGACAACUGUCGUCUGUCUCAGAAGUUAAACAUCAAGAGAGUUUUAACAAUCGUUCUCCACCUAAUUCAUCAGAUACUUUGUCUUCUCAUUUCGGGGACAAUUCAAACUGUCCUGGCGGUACAGGUGGUACAAGUUCAAAUAAUUCAACAGAAGGAAAUGCAACCUCCUAUAGUGAACAGAAGUUACCAAGUAAUGCUGUUCAAUCUAUGGCACCAAGUCAUAAUCCUGUAACAACAAAUGGAUGUAAUUUCAACUUAUCUUCUGAUUCUCUUACAGUAUGCAAAAAUAAUGCAUCAUUACCUAUUCCACUUGGAUCGUACAUUAAUAUGCCUCCAAGCCCUCUUAAUUUUGAGUUACAACCAGCAAAUGAAAAAAAUUCAUCUGUCGUGACUUCAGGUGCUCCUGGACAAUCUGUUGAAAAAAGUGAUUUCACUGAUAAGAAACAAAAUGUAGAAGACACAAGCAAAGUAUUCAGUGGUGAUAGGAUUUUUGAGUUAUCAGAUGGUACACAUGUUGUGUUGGGUAAUCCUGAAACUUAUGUAAACUUGUUGGGCUUACGAAGGAGUGGAUUCACAAUUCUAAACCAUUCAGAAGCAAAAGUCUACUAUAUCAAUCUUUCACCGCCAAAUUUUGAGUCUACAUCUGAUCAACCAUGUCCUCUUCAAUUAUCCAGUUCACAAACAGACUGUCAAGAUCCCAAUUUGCCACAGUAUCAACGUUCUGUGAUUCCAAAAAGCCUUUCACUACCACGCGUUCCACCCUCUGUACCAAUCGUAGCAGCUUCACUCUUUGACAGACCACCAACACCACUACGACUAGUAACAUCGAAUAAUGUCGCUUCUAAAACUCCACAGUUACACUAUGCUCAUCUUAUGUUGUCUGAUAAUCCAAGUGACUGUAUCACAAUCGGUAUACGCCAUGAUAAAAAGGCAACUCAACCUUCAGAGAAAAAAGACAGCAGUUGUGAGAAUCUACAUUCAGUUCAACCUUUGCCACCUGCAAUAUCUUCUCAUUCAAUUCCAUCUGAGACGAAUGAAUUUCUAAACUGUAAUUGUAACCAACUUAAUGACCAGAAUGGAGAUUGUUAUUCACAGGAAGUAAAUUAUGUAACUAUAGAUAUGCGACAGACCAAAGCACUAUCUGAAUUGGAACAAGAAUUACGCAUCAAUGGUGAACCGAUGUGCAAUGCUGGUCUGCAUACACUGUGGUCUGAAAAUCACCGUUAUGAUCCGAGUAAAUGUGCUAAUACAAAAAGUAGUAAUAAAAUCUCUGAACUACGCAAACAUUUUACAAUAUCAUGGAAUCUUCCCAAUAAUAUCGUCAAAAGAAAAGAAGAAACAACAUAUGGAACAUCAAAUUUACACAGAAAUAAACAAAAUCAAGAGAAUGUAUCUUCAUUAACUAGUCGUUUUUUAAAUCGUAUCAUCCAGUCAUUCCAUCUUCGAUCGCAUAAUCAUCACUGAUCAUUAAUUAUUAAUCCAUUUCAUCAGUAUCUUCAUGAUUGACAAACUGAUCAGCAACCGGUUAAACUAAGAAAAUAUAUUUCUUUAUCACCUAUGAAAUGCAUCGCUUUUAAACAGUACUACUAAUGUAUAAAAAGUAUUACUUUUAUAUUAUGAUUAUAAUUAGUUUUGUUAUUGGUAGCACUGAAAUACUUGUGACAGAAUAUCUCAUAUAUAUAUACUAUGCAAUCUCCUAUUUUAUACUAUGCCAGUACAAUAUUAUGGUUAACAACUAACACCUUUUGUAAAUGUGAAUAAAUAAAUAAAUGAGUGUAUCAAUUUCUCAUACAUAGUUGCACAAGUAUACCAGAUCUUUGUAAUUUACUAUCAUUAUUAUUAUUGUUAAUUUUUUUCUCCCCCUUUUUUUCGUUUCUCUCUUUAUUUACAGAGUGUUUUACCUGUAUGUACAUAAACUGAUUGAUUAAUGGGCUUAGGCGUAGGGGUAUAUUUCUUAGCUUAAAGAAUACUAUGUAUGAAAUGAAACGUUUUCACUGGCAAUACAUAUAUAUAU